AGAAGGUAGCCUGGAGCCCCGGGGGCGGGGAAGGGGGCGGUGGCGGCCCUCCGCGCAGCAUCUCGGGCCCAGCCCCAAGCCAUGUCGGGGUUGCACCACUUUCACACAAAGGGCAUUCUGGUGUGCUUGGAGGGAAGUAGCGAGCGCUAAGCUAAGCAACUAGCUUUCUGCGCGCUGAGCUCAGGGCCGCCGCCCCCCGGCCCAUGUACCCGUUCUGGCUGCUUCAGGCAACCUUGUCCCAGGAAGAAUUUGAAGAAAGGCUUGCUGAGCCGGCUGUAGCAAAAGCAGCAGGGAGCCUUAGUUCAGGCACCCCCAAACUUCGGCCCUCCAGAUGUUUUGGACUACAAUUCCCAUCUUCCACGGCCACUGGUCCUGUUAGCUAGGGAUCAUGGGAGUUGUAGGCCAAAACAUCUGGAGUGCUGCAGUUUGGGGAUGCCUGCCUUAGUUUGAUGGGGAAGGGGGAGGGGUUAAAAUAGGUCUGCUCUUGUUGAAUAAUGUGCUGUUUGAAGUGGGUUAGUUAACACGUGCUUGUUGUUUUUCAUAGCAGACUUUCCCGGGAAAGGGGUGGUUGUGGUGAGAAAAAUAAUAAAGGCCAGGAACCAAGCUUUCAGCUCUCCCUGGAUGAUCUGUGCAGGGCUGCUACACUUGCAACACUACUUCUUCAAGGUGAUCCCAGGAUAUACAGCAGUUUGUAGCCAUUUCAGUUCAUUAAGUAGGAUUUAUAGAAUCAUAUACAGUAUUUGUACAGUUGGAGGAGACCCACAGUGUCAUCUUGUCCAACUCCCUGCAACAUAGGAAUCACAGCUGAAGAAUCUCUGGCAGAUCGUCACCCACCUGUUUUAAGAACCUCCCAUGAAGGAGAGCCCACCAUCUCCUAAGGUAGUCUCUUCCACUGUCAAACAGCUCAGGCAGUUCCUAAUGUUUAUUUUGAAUCUUCUCUCUUGUAAUUUGAAUGCAUUGGUGUGUGUUCUACUCUCUGCAGCAACUGAAAACAAGGCUUGCUUCAUCUUUCAUAUGACAGUCUUUUAGAUAUUUGAAGAUGGCCAUCAUAUCACCUCUCAGUCUUCUCUUCUCUAGGCUAAACAUAUGCAAGUCCCUCAACAAUUCCUCACAAGGCUUGGUUUCCAUACCCUUGAGCUUGUUGGCCACCCUCCUUUGCACACAUUCUAACUUGUCAGUAUCCUUUAACUGUGAUGUCCAAAACUGGACACAGUACUCUAGGUGGGGUAUGACAAGAGGAAAUGGAGGGGUCCUAUUAUUUCCCUUGGCCUGUACACUAGACUUUAUUAAACCUAGAACAAGCAUUAUACCCAUAUCCUUCCAUUCUGUUUGUUGCUUAAUCAAAGAUCUUCUGAAAAUUAAUUUUAUUUAUAAGAUAUAUUUAUAAACUGGUAACUCGUAAAAAAAACCCAAGUCAGUAUACUGUACAUUAAAAUCAUUGAAACUUAAUAAAGCUUUAAAAUUAUAACAUGCAUAACAAAUGACCAACACUAUUUAUAAAUACAAAAGGAAAUCAAAAUUUUAAAGGCAAAAUUUUGAAAUCCUGAGCUAAUAAUAAUAAUAAUAAUAAUAAUAAUAAUAAUGUGUACCCUGCCAAUCUGGCUGGGUUUUCCCAGGUACUCUGGGCGGGUUCCAACAAAGAUUAAAAAUACAAAGAAAUACAUUAAAAACUUCCCUGAACAGGGCUGCCUUCAGAUGUAUUCUAAAUGUCAGGCAGUUAUUUAUCUCUUUGACAUCUGAUGGGAGGGCGUUCCACAGGGCGGGUGCCACUACCAAGAAGGCCCUCUGUCUGGUUCCCUGUAACAUCACUUCUUGCCAUGAGGCUCUCUGUGCUGGACCUUAGUGUCUGGGCAGAACGAUUAAUAUAAGAUUAUUAUAGUAAUCAUCUUGGAAUAUCCUUUCUCUUAUGUGGAAAAAAUGCAGGGGGGCUGUUUCUUCUAAUAUACUACCAGCUGUAUGAAAUCCAUUUUCAUUUUAAAUCUGAAGAUAUACGAACAAAACAUUGAGUCUCCUGAUGGCACCCUCACAAGAACUAAGGAAUUGAAGUUAAACUGAGCACAUACAUACAAACAAAACACCUUACAGUCUUGAGACAUUUCAAGUUACUGAUUGGAAGUGGUGUUUUAUUGCUAAAACAGAACUGUUUCAUUUAAAAUUGGUCCAGUUCAGGCAUAACUAUCUGAAUCUAUCUGAAAACACACUUUGCUGUUUUCAGUCAGUAAUGCUGUUUUAUUUGGGGCUGGGAAACGUGGCUCUACAGAUGCUGCUGGAUUAAAAUUCCCAUCAUCCUUGACCAUUGGCCAUACUGACAAGGACUGAUGGGAGAUGUAAUCCAAAAAUUGAAAGACAAGCAUUUGGAGAGGCCUAGUGAACAGGACUGCAGCCUUAGGUUACUUUUAUUGUGUAACUGUAACAGACUGAAUAUUGAAUCUGUGUGUGUGUGUGUGUGUGUGUGUGUGUGUGUGUGUGUGUGUGUAAAGAAAGGCUCUCGGUCAGUAAGGUAGUUUUUAAUACGGUAAUAGUGUCAGACCUUCCAUAGUCAGAUCAUUGAAGGCAGCUUUCUAGCACUAAUUGGAACUCUCCCAUCAUUUGUAAGACAGAGCACUUGGGGAGAUACAGCACUGUGCUGCUUAUAUGGUAAAAAAUUAUAUUUUAAAAAAAUGUACACAGCACAGUUGAUCCAAAGGCAAAGGAGUCCACAUUACAUUGUUUAAGAAGAACGUUAACAUUUCUGAUGUAACAGUUGCCCUUUGCUUUGCCUUAUGUGACUUGCAUGCUCUAGUCUGUGCUAACAAAAGGACAGACAAAGCUAACUACCAAUUCUUAUAUUUUUAAUAGGAGCUCCUUUGCUUUUUUCCUGCAUAACCUGAGAUCCUAAUACUGUACGUUACACACAAUGUUAAACACAAUGUUAAGGAUUCAUCCACUGCCAUUUUUAGUAAGUUGUAGAGAGGAGUUCAGUGCAGUUAUUUCAGCUAAACUUUUUUUUUCAUUUAAAAAAAAUCUAGGCAGAAGGGUUCUGUAACUCUUAGAUUUUUACAUUGUGUUGUGAGUUCUAACAAAGAUGGUAUGUUGUUGCAGUAGACCAACAGAGCCAGGUGUGGUGGUGGUGGCUGUUUGCUUUUUUAGAUUACUGUUGUUUUCCGAGCACUGAUCCCACCGCAUCAGCUAUUAUCUUAAAAGAUACUUCCACCUUGCUGGAAUAAUGGAUUUAACUGAGAAAAUCACAAAAAAAUCAGUUUCAUUUAGGGAUUUUCUUUCCUGACUGUAGUUUUCAGAUGUUCUCAGCUUUGAUUAUUUGGGAUGUGAAGGGAGAAAUACAAACUGCAGAGCAACCUGGCCAAGCUAAGGCCAUUAAACAAUUGAGGGCCAUUGGCAGUGCAAGUUGACUGUCCUUCCUCCCCUGCCCUGAGAUGUGAACAGACACUGGGGUAAAGAAGGUUGCCACGGUAACUCUGCAUUUGAGGAAAAGGAAAAGGGAUUCUGGUAGCAAGAUGUUAAAGGGAGGAGGGGGAGGAGGAGGAAGAGAGACUGGGAUCCACCUGUGGGCAGGCUGGCUGGGGCAGAUUCCUUGGACUCCAGGGCGACACUGUUGUGUGGACAAACCCCCCUUGAAAUGAUCAUCCGUAAGAUCUGGGCUUUCGCCAUUCAAACGGAAGGUGUAAAUAGGUGGAUAAACCAUAUUUCUUAAAGCUACAACAGUCUCUGCUGUGUCUCAGUUCUCCAAAGGAUCACAGAUCCCGGGACCUCAUGAGCUCUUGCCACUGCUCAGCAGAGAGGGGGAGGCAUUCAACUUUUGUAACAAUAAUUAUUAAAUAUGAUUUUACUUCUGUUGAAGAAUUUAAUUCAGUUGACUGCCUUGUUUAGGCUUGUUGGUCCUCUGCUACAAAGAGAUUUCACUACUUUUCUGUUUAUCCUUCUCUUUGCUGCAUGCAAACUGCCCUGCCCACCUGAGUGUUUUUCUAGGAACCAUCACUCAUUUGUUGUGUGUAAGGUUUGUGUUCAGCUGUUUCAAUCCCUGCAAUCGGUAAUUAGAGAAGUCCUGUGUCUGAAACCUUGGAAAGUUGUUGCCACUUGGGGUAGACAAUACAGAGUUUAGAUCAGGCAUCCCCAAACUUCGCCCCUCCAGAUGUUUUGGACUACAAUUCCCAUCAUCCCUGACCACUGGUCCUGUUAGCUAGGGAUCAUGGGAGUUGUAGGCCAAAACAUCUGGAGGGCCGCAGUUUGGGGAUGCCUGGUUUAGAUGGACCAGGAUCUGAUUGUGUGUAAGGCAAAGUGUGGCUUGUCAGCAUGUGGUUAUUAAGCCUUAAGCUCUACAGUUGAGACCUGCUCAGUAUUUCUGGUGAUAAACCUGCUCUUAUUUACCUGAGGCAGAGACAAUCUGUAACUUGUAAAGUGAGGAGAUACCAAGGCUGCUUCAGGAAAGAAACAGAAUACCCUGGAUGCAGAGGUUUAUGAUCACCCCAACCAACCCUGUCAGAAAUCCACUCUUUCUCGGGAAGGUACUUGAGUAGGUGGAGGAAUCUGGUUCCCUUGAUCUGUUGCAGUUCAAUAGUCCUGGUUUCAAGACUGUGUUAGCCUUAGUUGCCCUAAUGAAUAAUCUUUUGGGGGGAACCAUGCAACCCUCUUGGUUCUGUUCAAAUCUUGUAACUUUUGAUACCAUUGACUACGGUUUCUUACUAGACUGGGUUUUGGGUUGGGAGUGGUGUUGCACUGGUUCCCCUGCUACCUAUAGGACAGUUUCAGUGGGUGCCAUUGGGUUGCUGCACUUCAUCUCCUUGGCAGUUGCUCGGUGACAUGCUAUAGGUAUCAUUUUGACCCCAGAGCUGUUCAACAUCUAUAUGAAUGUGUUUGGAGCAUCAUUAGGAGAUUGGGAGUGUGGUGCCAUCAAUUUGCAUCAAUAGGCCCAUCUCUCUUUCUCUUUUAAAUCUGAGUUGGGUGUGACUAGCCUGCACUGGUGCCUGGAUUCAGUGGUUGGCUGGAUGAGGGCCAGUAAGCUGAGGGGGAAUUUUGACAUUACAAAGGCCUUGUGGGUGGCUAGUUCCUGGUUCUGGAAUUGGGCAGACUGCCUGAUCUAGAUGGAGUUGCACCUGCCCUCAAGAAACAUACGCUUAAUCUGGUGGUUAUUAAUCUGCUUAAUUAUUUUUGUAUUUGUUUAUGUUUCGUUUUAUUUUACAUGAUUUAUAUACCUCUUAAUCAUUAGAACCUCCAAGUGGUUAACAUAAAACCUCUAAGUGGUUUACACAAAACUAUUGUUUGUUAUCUAGUGCCACGAUGGCAGAGCUCUUUAUGGAAUGCGAAGAGGAAGAGCUUGAGCCAUGGCAACAGAAAGGGAAACCAAUUGUUGUGGAUGAUGAUGAUGACGACGAACCCAUAUUUGUCGGGGAGAUCCUGAGCUCAAAACCAUCGAAUACCUAUAUAUUGAACAGAGUCAACUCCAGUUCACCACGGAUUGGAAUGCAGAAUGGUGCACCCAAAAGAGGUGCUGUGGCUGUUUCUCCAGGGUUUCCCACUGCAACAAGACCUGUAACUAGUACUCUAGCUGUUCAGCCGCAGCCAAGGGUCAGUAAUGUUUCAGGAACCUCUCAGGUCUUGCAGAGACCUCUUCCUGGGUGUUCAUCACUGCAGGAGGCAGCCAAGGCAAGCACUGGAAUAUCUCAGCCCAUCAAUAGAUCUGCCACCACUCAAUCAUUAGCAAGGAACCUCGGCAUACCUGUAAUGGCUCAGUCUCCAUCCAAGCCAGUGGCCACAGUAACAGCACAACCAGUAUCAUUAAAUCGGGUUAUACCAAAUAAUCCUUCGCCUGUAGCUUUUGGUUUAAGGCAAAAUUCAGGAGUAAUGCAGUGCCAGAGUGGAUCUGCAGUGACUACAACAGGCCUGUCCAAGCGUCCUUCCACUUCUGAAGCUCACAGUAUUAAUCCAAAAAAGGCCAAGGUUUCUGGAAGUGAUUCACCUUCAGUUAUAUCUCCAAAUGACACAUCAUUGCUUCAGAAAGGUAUUGCAUCAAGGAAUGUUAAAAAUGGAGCACCUUUUCCACAAGCAUGUCCAAAGUGUAAUAUUCAUUUCAAUCUUUUGGAGCCAUUAAAAAAUCACAUGAAGUAUUGUUGUCCAGAUAUGGCACAUACCUUUCUGGGAAUAACGCAAACAGACAGUUCAGGGACAUCAACUAAAAUGGCUGAAACUGAAGGAAAACUGAUCAUGUUAGUUAAUGACUUUUAUUAUGGCCAACAUGAGGGUAACAUCCAGCAGGUGCGUCAGGAGCAGAAGACUCAUACAACCUUCAAGUGUGCCAGCUGCAUGAAGCUUCUCAAGAGCAAUAUCAGGUUUAUGAACCACAUGAAGCAUCACUUGGAGCUGGAGAAACAGAAUAGCGAGAGUUGGGAAAGUCACACCACCUGUCAGCACUGCUACCGUCAGUUUCCAACACCCUUCCAACUCCAGUGCCACAUCGAAAGCAGCCACACCCCUCAUGAGUCAUCGACUCUAUGUAAAAUAUGUGAACUAUCUUUUGAAACCGAGCAAGUUCUUUUGCAGCACAUGAAGGACAAUCACAAGCCUGGGGAGAUGCCCUACGUCUGCCAGGUGUGCAAUUACAGAUCAUCAGCAUUUUCAGAUGUGGAAAAACACUUUCGAGCUGUUCAUGAAAAUACAAAGAGCCUGCUGUGCCCAUUUUGCCUCAAAGUUAUUAAACUUGGGGCACCAUAUAUGCAUCAUUUCUUGAGACACCAGAAAAAAGGAGUACAUCGUUGUACCAAGUGUAGACUCCAGUUCUUGACAUGCAAAGAGAAAAUGGAUCACAAAUCUCAGCAUCACCGGACAUUUAAAAAACCUGUUCAGUUAGAGGGAUUGCCUCCAGGAACCAAAGUUACCAUCAGAGCUUCUGCUGGAUCUCUUCAGCCUGGAUCAGCAACUGCAUCUCCUGUCAUCCCAAGUGCAUCUACUUUACACUUGUCCACCAGUGCAGCUAAAGUGACAAGUGCAGCUAAAGUGACAAGUGCUAAAACGGCUCAUAACAAAACGAAUGCAAAUAAAGUAAAGCCAAAAUUGAAGCCGCUGAGCAUACAGAAAAAGCAAGGUCUGAGGACCACCCAUGAUAACAGUAGUAGUAGCAGCAGCAGCAGCAGCAUUGCCGCCAGCGGCAGCAAAAGAAACACUAAAAUUGCAAAUACAGCAUUAAAUAAUCUAAGGUGCCCGAAUAUUCAGAAGUGCAUUGAGUGUUAUUCUGAUAUAAGGACAUUCGCCAGCCACUUUCCAGCCUAUGUUCACUGUAGUUUAUGCAGAUACAGCACUAGCUGCAGCAAAGCCUACGUGAAUCAUAUGAUGAGUUUUCACAGUGCUCGACAAAGUAAACGAUUUUGGAUUUAUAAGACUCAUUCAGAAGAUCUGAGGGGUGUUACUCUUGUUUGUCUUAAUUGUGAGUUCCUAACUGAUGCUUCCGGCUUGGAUGAUAUGGCUACGCACUUGAACGAAAACCUUACUCAUACUUGUCAAGUGAUUAUCGAAAAUGUUCCCUCAGACUAUCUGGUUGCUGAAAACCUUUCUCACCUGGUUAGUGAUGCAUUAUUGAACACUGGAAGUGAAGAAACAUCCCAGAAAAUUCCAAGGCUCAAUACACCUGAAGAGCAAAAAGAAACAUCUGUCUCUGCAAGCCCAGAAAUAAAACACAUUACAGAAGAAACAGAUAAGGACCAUCUGGAAAAUCAAAGCAAUGAAGCUGCUUUAGAAGUUGAGUGUGAAGAAAAUAAAUUGCCUGUUCUAGAAAACAGUCUUGCUUCAGAGCUUCAGGCCUGCUCAAAUGACUUCAUAAGCUCUGUAGAUGGGGGAGAGACAGAGGGCCUUGGAAAUCAAAGGGAUGGAAGCCCUUUCACAGCUGAGUUCAAAGAAAAGAUACCUCCAUGUCCAGAAAACACUUCUGGCCCAGCGUUCCAAGCAUGCUCAAAAGAUUCUUUGGGAGAAGGGAACUCAGAUGACCUUGCAAAUCAGGGUGAUGAAGAAGGUUCUUUAGCUGCUGGGUGUGAAGAAAACCCAACAUCUCCGGUUUUAGAAAACUCAAAUAACCCAAUAAACCCUGCAGAAAAAACAGACAUAGAGAGCUUUGUAAAUCAAGGUGAGGAAGGUCCUCUAGCUGCUGCUUGUGUAGAAAAUAUGCCUAUGUCACCCAUGGAAGACUCCUCCAUUUCAGAACAUCAUACUUUUUCAAAAGGCUCUUCAGGAGAAGGGGACCUUGCAAAUCAAGGAGGUGAUGGUCCUCUAGCUGCUGGGUGUGAAGAAAGAACACUGCCUUUGGUUCUAGAAAACUCCUCUGGUUCAGGACUUGACUCAGCCAGCUCAAAUGAUCCUGCAAAAGAAGGGGACACAGGUGCCCUUGCAAAUCAAACUGAUGAAGGUCUUCUAGCUACUGCUUGUGUAGAAAAUAUGCCUAUGUCAACCGUGGGAGACUCCUCCAUUUCAGAACAUCAUACUUGUUCAAAAGGCUCUACAGGAGAAGGGGACCUUGCAGUUGACCUUGCAAAUCAAGGAGAUGAAGCUUCUUUAGUGGUCAAAUGCAAAGAAGAGAAAUCUCCAUGUCUAGAAAACAUUUCUGAUCCAGGGUUUCAAGCCUGCUCAAAAGACGGUUCAGGACAAGAAGAGACAGGUAACCUUGGAAAUCAAGAUGUUGAAGAAAAUCCAUUGCCUUCAGUUCUUGGAAAUCAAGAAGUUAAAGAAAAUUCAUUGCCUUCAGUUCUAGAAAACUCCAAGUCAGGAUUUUCAGCCUCCUCAAAUGACUCCAUGGACCCUGCAAGCAAAGACACAAUAGGCAGCCUUGCAAAUCAGGACGGUGAAUGUUAUUCAGCAGAUGAGUGUGAAAAAAGUACAUCGCCUUUGGUUCUAGGAAACCUCUCUGGUUCAGGACUCUUAGACUGUUCAAAUGACCCCAUAGAUCCUCUAGAAGAUGAAGAUGCAGAGACUCCUGCAAAUCAAAACGAUGAAGGUUUAGCUGCCAAGUGUAAAGAAAGUCCAUCAGCUGGAGAAGAAUCCUCCAUUUUAGAACUCCAUUUCUGUUCAAAAGGCUCUGCAGAAGAUGCUUCAAAGGACCAUCUUGAAAAUCAAACUGAUGAGCAUGAAGAAAGUACUUCUGUAUCAGCUGUGAAAGACUCCUGUCCAGGAUCCCAAGCCAGUUCAACUGAGACCUCUUGCGAAAGCACAGAAUCUAAUGAUUUGGGUAAUGGUGAUCAGAUAGAAGAAGGAAAAUCCCCGAAUGCUUCAGAUAAUAAAACCAACUCUUUCCAAAGUUCAAAGGAUGCAGUCUCUGCUGCCGAGACAAAGGUGGCUGAUUUGGAUGAAGCUGAGCUAGCAGAAUUGGCAUCUGAUGAAGAAAAUGUCAGUUUUGAACAGUUUCUGAGGAGAAGUGAACCUGAAUCUGUGCAUUCUGAUGCGAGUGAGCAGGGCAGUGUUCAUCUGGAACCUCUGACGCCAUCAGAGGUCCUUGAAUAUGAAGCUACAGAGAUUCUCCAGAAAGGUGGGGCUCCACCUUCAGCAAAGAAGGCUGAGCCAGGUUCUGAACUAGAGGAUCCUGCUGCUUCUGGAGAGAGCAGCCCUGCUAGCCAUGUGGAGUCACCAGUAAGCCAGGCAGAAGAGAGUGAGGAAGCAAGCUGAAGCAGAAUAUUUGCAUCACUUUGAACCAGUUGCUGUGUAUACUCUUACAGGUGCCAAUUGGGAAGGAAAGUGGGGAAACAGAACCAUGGAUUAUGUAAUAAUGCCGAAGCUCAGCAGUGACAAAUGAGACAUUAGACCCUCUGAUAUGAAAGAGCUAUCAGAAGCCAGAACCAUUGCCUGCAGUGACCCAACCCAUGAAGCCAAGAGGGAAAUAUGUUAUUUAUUUGAUUCAAAGUAAGAUCCCUGUAGGGGCCGCAGUCUUUGUAUACUUGGGGUACCGGUGUUUCUCUAUAAAAGGCUGUUUGGUCCACCGUCAGUCUGGAGAACUGUGAGCUUGGGUUUGAUGUUGCAUUCUGUUCCCGUCACGUCAUGCUCAGAAGGAAACUGUGUGAAGGUCUGGCACCUCAGGAUUGAUGUGAUCUUACAUGAUAAUAUGCUUACCUUAAACUUUCAAUGAAAGUGGAAUUAUUAUUAAAAAAGUAAAUAGAGUUGUGAGUUUCUCAGUGUGCAAGCUGUGCAGAAACCUGACACUUUACUUGUUUGAAAUAGGGCAUGUGAUGGCCUCUGUGUCUUGAUUUUAUUUUUAUUUUUGUUAAUUCGCAGCAGGUCCCCAAAACACAAGGUGGGUGGGAAGAGUUUAAAAACUAAUAUGGAAAUGUGUAAACUGUUACAAAAAAAAGGACUUGAGAGUCAUUGAUACAUUCUUAGUUGAAAUUUAUGUAAAACAAACAAAUGGGUAGGGGUGGGGGAUGGCAUGAAAAUCAUUUUGAUACGUAGCUAGGUUAAGGAAUGUGUGUGACAUCAUUUAAAGUAGCUUGCCUCAAGUAUUACCCUGAUUUAAGUGCUCUAUAUGAACUUUUCAGAAAGUGAUUUUGAACUUGUUGAGAAUUGUUUUCAAUAAACUUACAUGUUUUGAACUUCCGUUAGGACACCGAUGUACAUAUUUUGGAUUAAAUAUUUGCAAGAAAAUAUGAUGAGUUAUUUUGUUGUUCAUGUGUGUGUUUUUAUUAAUCACUUCGCUAGCUUGUGUUUUGCUCACAUUUCUUUUAUUACCCCCAGGCUGUAACUGUUUUGCAUCUCCACCCCAGAAUUACUGAAGGAAAACCAUGUUUAAAUAGUUAAAGACCUUAAACCACAGCCUGGACUGCAACAAAAUGUGAAUGUAUCAUAGGAACAGUGUUCAGUUUUAUGCGCUUAUGGCACGUGUGAGGUUUUCUGAGUCGAGGCAAUCCCUCUCUUCUCAUGGGUCCUUCUCCUGCCUAUGCUACAGUUGCCUGUAAGUUCCUUGUUUUGUGCGGGGAUACAUUCUGGAUACCCACAUGUAUCAGCAGAGCACGCAUAAGCCUGUUCUGCCCCUUCUUGUGACAUCUAUAUGACGUUUUGGGGCUGCUUCUGGGUUUGUCAUGUUUGCGAUUAUGCGUCAUUUGGCCACUCCUAAAUCGGUCGUUGCCUGUGCAUCCACUUUGGCCUCCCUUCCUGAAAAUAGCCAACCUGUCAGGUCCACUGAAACUCUGGCCUGGGGAUGUUAUUUCAUGCACAAGUCCCUGUAUACCACACAAUAUAUUUUUCUUGUGCCCAUCAUGCCUCUUCCUACCAUCCAGCUGCCUGAGAAGAGCCGUAUGUGGAAUUGGGAGGCAAAGUGAGGCAGCCAACUCUGGCACAGUGGGUCUUUGGGCAUUGGUGGGUGGUAGAGUGGAAGAGUUAACAGGACCAGUCCAUGUGGCACAAUCCCUGGGAAUGUUCUCUUGUGUAAGUCCACCAGCUGGAAUAAGUGGGAUUUUUAUCAUGGAAGAUUGUGCAGGGGGGGUGUCCCAGUGGAUUAUGCCCCGUUUUGAUUAGGGUGUAAGGGCUGCGUCUGUGUGCCCUGCACCACUCAUUCCCCCUCCUAGAUAGAAACGCCAUGCAGAACUUGUGCUUGAUAAGAUGAGAUUAGAGAGCUCAGUAAUGUAACUGCUGCUGACAGACCAGAACAUAAUUUCAAAUAUUUGAACUGUGUGGCACAUAGUGCAUAUUUUUCUUUGUUUAAACGCAGCACCAGUCUCUGAGCAUGAGACGGAAUCUCAGCCAAGCUCCCCGAGGUCCAACUAAUUCAGUAAUGAGCUGCGACAGCUCAGUACGUGGUAGCUGUACCAAUGCCUGAAACCGUAAUAUCUCUAGAUAAAGAUGUGUCUUUACUUUUCAGAAUUCAAAAGGGAGGUCGAUGUAAUUGGGCCACCUUCACUUUGGGUGAAACAUAGUGGCAAAAUCGAUAACAAACGAGUUCAGCCUAAGGCUGUGUAAAAACAUUUCUGGACUUCUGAAAAUUAAGUCCAAGAGCCUUAUUGUCAGUGAAAAAUGAUAGGUUUAUUAAUGACUCAGCACAAAACAGCAUCUGAAAUACAGCUUUUAACUGAUGCAGUUUUUCUCCUUAAACUGAAUUGUGUAU